AUGAAGACGGGUUUCGUUUGCGACGACCGCAAUGCACUAAUUGAGAUGCUGAUUGGAUUCAUAAUUGUCAGACAGCAAAGAAAACAAACGUUCACAUUGUACGGCUUACCCAUCGUUUUUUGCAGUUUCACAAUCAUUUUAUCACUGAAACAUUGAUAAUUUCGUACAGAUUUUACAAUUGUGUUAUCGAUUUUAAUCGUAUGCCUAUUUUCUCGAACAUUCCUCAAUUAAUUCUUGAUCCCUGAAAAGUUCGACGUCAACCGCCCACCCGCCGCAAUCCUCGACAGGCACUACUCGUCUCUUCUCUCUCUUUUUUUAACUAUACACUCACUUCUAAUUUGUUGCCAUUCCAUUCCAAUCACACUCGUUUCUUUCUCUCCUUCGAUUCGGACGAAGUGUUUGAUGACGUCGUGCCGUCGUGUUUGUGUCGCUUUUUUGAUGGAACCCUCAAAAGUGCAGCUUGUGGGGGUUUAGUGGCGGGUUUCACGAGUAUGUUAUAGUUUUUCGAGCAUUCAUAUUUAUGGUUUGAUUUCCAAUGUUCAUAAAAAAUGUUUAACAAAAAUGCCUGAACUUUUGACUCAAGUCUUUUGGGUGCAUUAAUCGAAUUAUCCGGUUUCGAGAUUUGUGGAAGACCUUGGGCCCAAGAUACGUACAAAAAGCCUUGGACCUCAUCAAAAUAAUGCAGCAGGGUCAAUUCCUGUUAAAAAGGACAGAUGAUGUUUCAGUGCCUCAUUUCGUUUGUCUACGAUAUCUUCUCUAGUAACUUUUACCGUUUUCCCUCUCGCCUUUUCGACGUCUUUCACAUUCGCGUGAACGCUCGUGAUUCUGAUGAUUGGAGAAAACACAAUAUUUCCGUUUUACACCCCCCGUCAUUAAUCUGAACCGUUCAAUAUGUUUCAAUCCCAAAUUCCCAUCCAUUAAAAUUCAGUUUUAUGUCCAACUUAGAAGACUUGUAGCUGCUUUCAGUUUCAACUUCUCGCUUUAUCUGUUCUAAGACAGUGUUCCACAUUUUUAGUUCCUCAUAUGAAUCAGUGAGAGCCUCAACACCUGUUCCAUUCAGUGCCUCCUCCAGAAUCCUGUUCUAUGCCAUUCAUUUCGAUUCCUCCGAAUGAUGUAUCCCGACGACGGAUAAGUACAAGCGAGAGAGAGAGAGAGAGAGAGAGAGAGAGGCUGUCUGUCGGUGAUAAGAAACAUUUCCGACAAGAGAUAAACUUGAUUAUGUCUUCACAGUGGCAAACCUUCUCUAUCCUUUCCUUCUUUUGUCCUGUUUCAUGUUGCAAACGAAUCGAUUAUAUAUAUCAAGUGGACAUGCUACUUCAAAUAAAACAGUUGUCUGUUUCAGGUUUCUUCACAACGACAUUGAUGUUACGGGAAGAACGUAAACAUCUCAUUGUUUAGCUACCUACCAUUCAUCUCAAAUGUCCAUUUCUGUUUCACUAACAGUCUACCCGCAACACUACUGGGUACUUUUUUUUUUAAAUCAAGCUGAAAAAAAGCGUUUGUCCAAUCUAUUUUUCUUGCCUUCAUUCUGCCCAAUUUCUUCCAUCGCCUCCUCGUCGUUUAUUUCCAAACGACCUUCGCCCACACUUCUUUUCGCGCCGGCUAAUCCCGUGCCUCCCGGAGCGGUCAUCCUAAAAUCAUGGGCACAAUUAUCGUUUACCUCUUUUCUUUUCUCACAUAGGAUUUAAUUGCAAAAAAAAAAAAGAAAAAAAGUUCAUAAAGUACCGUCCUUCUUAUCAAAUCCGUUGCCGUAUCUUUGCCGAACACACGCAGGCUCCGCCCCUUUUUCGCUAUCCGCUAUCCUUUAUUCGCAUCAUUGUCCCUCGCUUUUCAUCGUCCACUUCUUCCACUCGCUCCCUCCCUAUCACCUUGCAGUUUCGUACUUUGCACCCCCCUCACCGCUUCAACGUGCUCCUUUAAGGCCUCGUUGUGCGUUUCAACAGCUCCAGUACUGCAUACUACAGUUUUUAGACGCCGAAAAAGUGAGGAAAUGUCGGUCGCCAACGUGGAACUCGCCAAAUUGAACAAGUUGGACACUGGAAAACUGCCAGAGGCCAGCGUCGCUUUCGUCAAAAAUGAUUCCGGUAUUUGACUAAUAAAAUAACGCCAUUAUUGGCGGGUGUAAAGGUUUUGAGAAGUAGCUGAAACAGAAAAAUUGAGUCACUGUGAAGGGGCGUGUGUAUAGAAACAGCAUCAUAACUCUAGAAUAGAGUGUUUUAGAGAAACAUGGUCAAUUGCAAAGUUGUAGAGCACAAAAUUUGCUCAAAUUUUCCAGUUGAUGAUUUUUUGAAAUAAUAAUUGGUUGUCUAGAUAUGGGCCUUCAAAAAUUGAUAAAGCGUUCAAAAAUUGGUAAAAGUAAAAGUUGCGUUAAGAUGAAAGGUAGUUGAAACUCUAAUAUAUCGAAAAUUUUAAUGCAAUCUCAACUAACCAAGAAUUUUUUUUUUGAUUCCGAGAAAUUGCGCAAAAGCAACUGAGACCAUUCACUAGUGAGCGUUAUAAAAGUUUCUCAAAACUUGAUAACCUUCAGAAACAGAAAUGUUAUGUUCUAUAUGAAGCGUCUAAAGUCUCGGAAAACCCGCAAAUCUCGCGGAUUUUGCAGUCCAAAGUCGGCAGAAAUUUGCGGGAAAUCCGGGGUGCGCACAGCUGAACGAGUGUUACCGUACACCAUAAAAAAAUACGGUAUUUUUUUGAAAAAAAUUUAAAUUUCUCGAGAAUAUUUGAAAAUUUUUCAAAUUUCUUGGGUAAAUUGUGACGGUUUUUUUUUAAAAAAUUUAAAUUUCUUGGGUAAAUUUUUCAACGCUAUUUUUUUGAAAAAAAUUAAAUCUCUCGAGAAUAUUUGAAAAUUUUUCAAAUUUCUUGGGUAAAUUUUCAACGGUUUUUGAAAAAAAUUUAAAUUUCUUGGGUAAAUUUUUCAACGGUUUUUGAAAAAAAAUUUAAAUCUCUCGAGAAUAUUUGAAAUUUUUUUCAAAUUUCUUGGGUAAAUUUUUCAAAAAAAUACCGUAUUUUUUUAUGGUGUACGGUAAUACUCGUUCAGCUGUGCGCACCCCGCAAUUUUCUGCCGACUUUAGACUGCAAAAUCCACGAGAUUUGCGAGUUUUCCGAGACUUUGGACGUGGAAAUACCUAUUUUCAGGCAAGACCCUGGCCCGUGAGACGAUCAUCAAGUACACGCCUUCGCUGGCCUACGCCGUCGUCCAGGAGCUCGAUCCGAGCAUCGCCGGAAAGGAUAUUCUGGUGAAGAACGAGGAUGCGCUGCAGCUCAAACUCAUCACCAUCGAGGUACUGACUGAUCCAAGAAGACAACGAGAAACGGAAUAAUUCAGACGGUGAAAGAGAACCGACGUCUUCUGCCGAUCGCCCAACAAUUCCACUCGGUGCCGGACGGAAGACACGCCGAAUGUCACAUGACUGACGUGCUGGCCACUCAUUCGUUGGGACGAUUCAACUUGGAUCUCAAGAAGAACGUCACGAUUGACUCGUUUGAGGUGAGAGUCUGGACAGUUUUCGAGUGUGGCACACAUCUAUGGAUUUCAGCUGACCGAUUCGUGGAGAGACGACGCCGGAUUCAUCGUCACCGACCGCAACACCUACUUCCAGGGCACUUUCGACGUCAAAAAACUUCUGCCGACACUUUUGCCGUCUUCUCGUGAGUUUUCUCAAUUUUUGGUUGAAGACGUCACAUUGUUCUAGGCAAUUGUCAUUCCAAGAGCUACAGUCGGGCUAGGAUUGAUAGUACAAAAAGUUGUAAACUACGAAAAACUGUUUUAGAGCUCAGAUAAAUCCGUUCAAAAAUAAAUUGUUCAUAAUGGGAAACCUGACGAUUUUAGCGAUUCUGAAACAGUCGACUUUUUCGCAGAAACGAUCAGCGCCUACGCGAAAACCGACUUUGACGCCGUCGCCGACUUUGACUCGACAGUCUGCGGCUUCUCGCGCGACGCCUACCUCCAACUGCUGCUCGCCUCCAACGCCGCGGCGACCGCCGUCUUCGUGGCCAAGUCGUCGGGCUCUGUCGACGGCUACAUUGUCGGAAGCGGCGAGCGAAUCAACCAUUUGUACGCGGAGACGAUCGAACUCGCGCACGCACUUCUCAAGCAAUACGUGCUGAGCCUCAAGCUGACCACCGUCACUUUGUUCGCCGCCAACGGCGUCUGGGAGUGUGAGCCGAAGGCGAAGCGGGAGGUGCAUAGAAGACACACUCGUGCAGUUCCGUCUCUCAUCAAGUGGGCGAAGGUAGGAAGUGAAAAAGCACGAUUUUUGGGUUUUAGUACGCAUCUGAAACGUUGAACUUUCAGAUCUACGCAUUGAAUAUGGGUGUUCACAUCGUCUGA